AUGAUAGUGGCAGUGCUGUUGGUGGCAGUGGUGACAGUGGCAGUGGUGGCAGUGACAAUGGUGACAGUGGUGACAGUGGUGACAAUGAUACUGGCAGUGGUGACAGUAGCAGUGCUGCUGGUGACAGUGGUGACAGUGGCAGUGGUGGUAGUGACAGCAGUCAAUGGUGACAGCGAUGGCAGUGACAAUGAUGACAAUGGUGCCAGUGGUGACAAUGGUGACAGUGACAGUGGUGACAGUGGUGGCAGUGACUGUGGCAGUGACAAUGGUGACAGUGGUGACGGCAGUGACAGUGCCAGCUGUGGCAGUGACUGUGGCCGUGGUGACAGCAGUGACAGUGGCUGUGCUGGCAGUGACAGUGGUGGCAAUGAUUCUGGCAGUGGCAGCGGUGGCAGUGGCUGUGCUGGCGGUGGCAGCAGUGGCAGUGGCAGCAGUGGUUGUGCUGGCAGUGGUGACAGAGGCUCUGGUGGCAGUGCCAGCGGUGGCAGCGGUGGCAGUGGCUCUGGUGGCAGUGCCGGCAGUGUCCGCGGCCAUGCCCCGCGCCUGCAGCAGAGGGCAAUGCAGGGAAGGCGAAGCGGCUCCCGGCAGAGCAGCUCUGGGCAGAGCAGCUCCCGCUCGCAGCCCCGGUUCGGG